UUUGACAGCCGGUUCGCAGUCCUACCAACGUGACGCUGACGUUUUUCAAUACUUCAAUGGCAGCCAUUGAAUUUUCUUUUCGCGUCUACUUUGCAAAAAAGUUUUCGUGUGUGUGCUCUGAAAAAGUGAAAAAUUCACCAAUUUGAACCAUAAAAAGUAAAGAAAAUUAUGUGCGUGCGCACACCGUGAAUGAUGCUUCACAAAUGAGUGUAUAGACUUGUGGAAAGUUUAUUUUUUUUCCGUAAAACGGUAGAAAAAUCCGUACGCAACCUCAAUUGAUUUUGUAUUGGUCGUAUCUCUCACACCAAUUAAAAAGAACUAGGUGUUAAUCGGACUUUUCUGUGUCUAUUCAUAAUCAACUACCUUAAAAGGGUGAAUAUGACUUCACCCUCGCCGGCGAACAGCCCUAUGCCGCCGCCUCAGGCGCCGCCUGCUCAAAGUCCCUCGCCAUCGCCACACAGCCCAUAUCCGCAUCAACAAAUGACUCAAGGGCCACAAGGUCCACAGGGCCCUUCCGGGGCAGGACCGCCUGGACCGCCCCAUGGCCCACCGCAGCAAUCGCAUAUGCAAGCACCACCGCCACAUAGUCAACAUGGUCCAUUACCGCCGGGUGGUCAUCAUGGUGCACCACCACCACCCGGACAUCCUGGCGGACCAUAUACUCAUCCAAUGCAACAUGCUCCACCACAUGGCUCUCCACAUGGACCUCCGCAACACCAACAACAUGGUGCAAUGCCGCCAGGACAGCAUGGUGUAGGCCAGCAUGGCCCACCACCUCAUGGCCAACAGCCACCCGGUCAGCAUGGCCCUCCACCACCGGGUAGUGGAGGUGCUCCAGGAAAUGGACCACCAAUGUCUCAUGCACCACCACCACACGGCGUACCACCGCCUCACGGACCACCGGGACCGCAGCAGCAACCGGGUGUACAAGGGGCACCGCCGCAGCAUAUGAAUGGGCCACCAGUACAAGGACCGCCUGGACAACCGGGUCCACCCCCACAAGGACAUCACAUGCCACCGCAUCAUCAAAGCAUGGGUCCACAUAUGGGUAUGCAAAUGCCGCCACAAGGUCCCAACAUGCCACCAAUGGGCUACCAAACUCAUGGAAUGCCGCCAAACGUAAGUUUUAAAAUAUUUUAUUUUAAUAAAAUUAAAAUACUUUGAAGCUAUAGCUGA